GCUCCUUUCACUCUACAUUCUUUCCUCUCAAAUACACUAUAAUCACCAUACAAUAAUCAAUGGCCCGCCACCGCCUCGCCACCGCCGCCCUUCCGGCCAUCGCGUCCGCCAUCUCCGCCCUGUACGCCCUCCGCACGGCGCUCUCCUGGCUUCUGGCACCGUUCUUCUCGUGUCUCGCGCUCGGCGCUACCGAGCCUACACUUCCCCUCCAUUCGCAUCCGCCCCUUGGGCUAAACCGACACCAGGUCAUGCUCAACGCGCAGAUGACGCACUACGAUGCCUUUCCUUCUGCCGCGGGUACCGUGACCGGGCUCGGGCUCGGGCUGCCAGUGGGUGCGGGAGCACGAAUACGCAGCCGGUCGCUCGGAUCCGCGCAAGGACUCGGAGACGGUGAUCGGUCGUUCGAAACAUGUCUAUUAAACGGCCUGGAACACUGCGCACCCGGGUCUGAACACGCGCUGCCCAUGCCCAUGUCCAUGCCACAGCCCCGCGCCAAUCCGCCCGAGGGCUCUCUGAGCGGCUCGCUCGACGUGCUCUACUCCCGCUCCUUGGACCGCCGGUGGCCUGGCUGCUCAUUGACAGGCUGCUGCUCCUCCUCGGGGACGAGCCAGAGCGCUGACACCUCCAUCUCCAUCUCCACCGACACUGACACAGACGCAGUGAACACGAGCUCCGGCUCUGACUCGGAGGGGGCUACAGCGUGGCGCGAUCUGGACACGCCUUCAUCGCUCGUGGACUUUUCUGCUCUGCCGCUCUGUGCGACGUCGACGCCCCCUCAGCCUCAUUCUCCAUGUGCACCGUUCUCCGGUUCUGCGCCCAUGCCCGCGCCCAUGCCUGGUCGUAAUAUCCCCAUCAGCGCGCCGAAGCCGAUUCGCCUGUGCGAUGCGCAGAUGCUCGGGCCGCUGCUCGGGCCCCGGGGCUCCGAGUCCAGCUCGACGCCGGCGUCGGCCGCGGUGUCGGCGCCCUUGAGCGGCGAUGACAUGGCACUGGCGCUGGGCAACGUCGACAGCGGGAGCGACGACGACGGUCCCGCGGGCGCGGUUGACACCGGGGAGCCAGCGAGCCCGGACCAAGCGGCUGGGAGCGCGACGGCGCGCGACGUUGGGGACUUUUUCCCGUUGCUUGCGUUUGGCGGGGCGGGCGCUGUGGCUGCUAGUACGCCGAGGGCGCAGAGGGGGUCUGUGUGUGAGUCGAUGUCGAUGUCUAUGCAUCUGUCGAUGUCCGAGUCGAUGCCUGUGUCUACACCGCGCACGGCGCAGCCUAUGCUUAUGCCCACGCCCGUACCUCGGAGCGCGGACGGGAGGACCCGGUCUGGGCUUGGGCUUGGGCUCUCGGAGGCGGGGAACACGUUGAGUCUGCAUUUGGAUGCUGUGCUUGGGCUUGGGUCUUCGUCUGCGCCUUCUUCGCCUUCGCCUUCACCUUCACCUUCACCUUCUUCGUCUCGUCCUCCCUCGCCCUCGCCCUCUUCGGAUUCUGAUUCGUCCACUUCGUUGAGUGCGCCGAGGCUGGCGCGACGCUCGAGUCCGGGGGCGCGGUGGAGGCUGAGUGCCAGUCCGAGUUCCAGCCCGAGUCCGAGGCCGCCGUCGCCUGCAGCGUUGGUUUUAAUGGAGAGUGCGCCUAUCGUACACGCGAACGCGGAUGAGGUUGUCUCCAGGCCCGCCGAGGAGCAGCCGCUGUUGAACGAGAAAGAAUCGCGUCCUCCCAGCGAGCUACACCGCACCCCGUCGCCGCACACUGUCUCUCCAAUUCCGCCAGUGGACACUGCGUCCCCCGUCGACACGGUCUCUGCUACCCCCGCAAACCAGCCCCACUCUCCGGGCCCUCACUCCCCCUCCUCCUCCGAUGACGACGACAAGGGCCCGGGCUCGGAGGAACCAGCCGCACCCACCCUCCCGUCGCCAUGGAGCACAGUCUCGCUCGCGCGACACACGAACCUCGAGAUGCUGGACGCGCGACUCCGCGCGCCGAUCCUGCUCGCUGCUCCGUCCUCGCAUUUCUCGCCGUCUCGGUCGUUGUUUGACCUUGGAUUGUUUCCGUUUCCGUUUCGGAGUUCGCCGACUGGGUUGGGUUCGCAGAUGCAGAUGCAGAUGCGGGUGGGGGCGCGGGAGUGUGGGGUUGGGCUGGGAGUGGGGCAGGCGGGGGUUCGGGGUGGUGUAAGGGCUGGUGCGGGUGGUUCUGGCUCGCCGUCGCGUGCUGUGACGGCUCCCAGUUUGAUUCCUGGGUUAUUGAGGACGCCUUCGAUGCCGUCGCCUGUGUCGGCGCCGUGUUUCUCUACUCGGUCGUCGAAUUCAGCUUCGUCAAAUUCGUCGUCGAAGUCGUCGCAUACACCGUCCUCGAUACCCACGUCCGAAGAAUCGUCAUGGGAAGCGUGCUCGUUCACGGAGCUCACGCCGUGCGCGCAGUCGUCGCAUGACUCCAAACCAAUCGAUGGCGAUGGUGACGCUGAUGGUGAUGGUGAUGGCGCCGUGGGGCUAGGCGACGCGACGACUGUGCGCCGGAUGCUGUCCAAGACGCGGAGCUACAUGGGCUGGCGGUGGCGGAUCUCGUGUCCGGCGUCGAUGGAGAGCUUUGAGGUGUUGCCGUCGCCGUGGAGCUGGGAGGGUGCGGGUCGGGGCCGGGGCCGGGGUCGGGGGCGGCGGGAUGAGAGGGAUGCAGAGGUUGAAGAUGGGGAUGAGGAAAAGGGUGGAGAUGAGGAUGAGAUUGAGAUUGAGAUUGAUGCCCCUGCUUUCGCCCCGGCGCGCAGGUCGAGCUUGAUCUUGGGCUCGAGUCUGGGUCUUGGAUGUGGCGAGGACGAAGACGGCUCGGAGGCGGGUACGGAUGUCGGCGGGGAUACGCACGAGGACGCUAGGCAAGCGCAUGGUCGAGAGGAGAUGGAGCCGAGCCAAGGUGGUGUUCUCGUUCUCGACUUUCAGCUUCAGGCUAGCAGUUCCGAUGGCUCUCUUUGGGACCUGUGUGUGCAGGCGAUGGAGGUGUUCGGUGGGUCUGCACCUGCGGACAUCGAGGCUGAGGAACAUCAGGCAAAGCUUGCCGCUGCUAUACGUCCUUUGCAGGUCCAGAAGAAUAACGCUUCGGAUGAGCAUGAGGGCCAUGUGCAGGUCGGCGCUCAAGAGCUGGGGACGGGGCUCUGGGCAGACGGGUGUGGGCGGUGGAUGUAUCAUAGGCCCGGCUUUGGGUUUUGAAAAGACAUGAUUUUGUGGCGUGACCUACUUUUCUUUGUUUGGGAUUUCGGUUGGGGAACGGGUCGAGAUGAUGGAGCGCGGUGAAGUGCCAGUGGGUGGUGCCAUUUGGAUUGUGUGAUGUCAUAUUAAGCGCGCGUUGAAUACCCUGCCGGAGGACACGGAGGUGCAUAUAGG